AUGGAUAUGCCCCUUGACUUGAGUUGGAUCACCCCAAUAUACUCGCCAUAUCUCGCCCAGGAACAACUUCUCAACACUUUUACUUCUGCAAUUGGCGCAGCUGGUACACAAGUGCUUCCAAACCACUUGCAGAAUCAUCGCCGAUGGCUCACUCAGUUGCCUUCAUAUUUUGGAAGAACGCUACUAGAUGCUGCCAUUCGAGCUGUCUCGAUGGUACACUUCGGUCGAAUUUCAAAUUCCAAUGCGCUCGUGCAAGAAUCAAGACAAUUUUAUGGCAAUGCACUCCGCCUGCUCAAUAAGGCUUUGACUGACCAAGGUGAUGGGAUGGCUAGUGAAACUCUCUCAGCUACCGUUCUUCUCUCCUUCUACGAAAUGUUCGCCUCGUCAUCAAAUAGCUCAUGGCUCCACCAUGCUGGUGGUGCAGGACUGCUCAUGCGCCUCCGUGGACCAGACAAACAUCGUCAUGGUCUCGACAGGGAUUGCUUUCUUGCGUACCGUCAUACCAUUGUCAUUGAAGCGUUUCAAAAGGAUGAGGAAUGCUUUCUUGCUCAGCCUGAGUGGUUGGAAUUGUCAAGACAAGUUCAUGAGGAGAUGCGAAUUUCUGGGAUUUCUCCAGCACGGAGAGAACUAUUCGACCUGGCAGAAGAGUUCUAUCUGGAAAAUGUCCAUAUCCCAGCCACCUUUCGAGAUGCAAGACAUACGGAUUUCGUGAAGGAGACGCUAUCACCUGAAGGCUUCCACAACUUCCUAGAAGGCCUUCUCGAGAGAGCGCGACAACAUCGAUACAAGCUAAAGUCAAUUAAUGUUCGCUUUCGUGCAGCACUUCAGAAGACCGGGCUCGAAACCACAUCCCGGAUGACAAGCGACAAGGUAUUCCCUCUGCAGUAUGUAUACGUCAAUGUCUUUAUUGCUUCAACAAAUGUCGGAUACUGGACUAUAAUGCUAUUGUUGAACUUGGUCUUGAAAGAAGCCGAGAAAGAGACCCAUCCAGAGAAGACAGGUCUCUACCUCAUGGAAAACCAGGAGCUUGCAAUGGAGAUUUGCCGUACAACUCCUUUUAUGCUCACAUCCUCGUUUCUCGGUCCGUUUUUCAUCACAUUUGCCCUCAGGUUAUGCCUGGUCGUCUUUGAGCCCGGUGAACAAAGAGAUUGGGUAGUCAAAAAACUCAAAGAGGUUGGCGCCACGCGAAUAAGCAUGGCCUCAGACAUCCCGGACUUCGAAUCCGGCUCAAGUAUAGCGAGAACAUAG